AGACGCCUCGGACAGUGAGCUCCAAUCAGUCAAGUGUGGCGAUUCAACGAUCUAACAGCCGAACGUCUUAUUUGCUGCUACCUGUUGAGACGAAGGGAAAUUAUUAGGUCGGAAAAGCACUUCCAGGUGACAAUCAUCCAGGAAAUGGAAGCUGACAUUAAUCAGAUGUUCACUGAGCACGAUAUCGUUCCAGUGCUCAUCGAUCGGGCGCCGCUGGUGUUUGCCAAGGUUGCUUACCGAUCCAAGAAGCUGGUGGACGCAGGCAAGGAAAUGACCCCGGUAGAUGUUCGAGACGAGCCCAAGGUCGAGUGGUGUGCCGAUCCCAUCGUUUUUUACACAUUGAUCAUGAUAGACCCGGACUCACCGAGCCGAACCGAGCCGCUGAACCGCGAAUUCGCUCACUGGUUGGUGGGAAAUAUCCCCGGAAAGCACGUGGAACAAGGGGAGGUUCUCUUCGAAUACAUUCCAGCCUUCCCCCGGUCCGGAACGGGAUUCCAUCGGUAUAUUUUCCUCCUUUAUCAGCAGCACUGCCGCAACGAUUAUUCGGAAGCACCCCGGGCAUCGAAGAAAAAUCGAACGCCACGGCUGUGUUUCUCGACGCGUGAUUUUGCCCGCCGUUAUAGUUUGGGUCAGCCGAUCGCGGGCAACUUUUUCGUCGCACAGUUCGACGAUUACGUUCCGGUGCUGCUGUCAAAGUUCCCCAAGAGCAACGAUUAUUAAUUAUUUAUUACCCAAGUACCUACGCUACGAACCGGGGGACGUUCGCCUGUAGUGGAAUCGAGACGACGGAGGAGCCGGCUCGUCUCGGUCAAAUAUGUAGGAACUUGUAUGUAAGCAUUCUCGAGUGGCGGCUCAAGUUCGUGGUUCAAUGUAGAUUUAAGGUUUUAUUUUGCGAGCGUUUUACACGAGCCCGAUAAUGAACAGGAUCGUGUUUUAUUUUAUUUGUGUACUGAUAGAAACUAAGCAGUUGUUGUAGCGCGUAAAGAACAUUCAUGAAGAGAUUGUUUAUAAGAGCCACCAACAGUCAUAUUGUAGGCAAAAUAUUUGUGACAUAUUCAGAUUCAGAUAACUGUUUCAAGCAAGAUCUGAAGUUAUGAUAGUGAUUUUUAAGUUUAUUGAAUAAACAGUUAUAAGCUCAA